GUCGGCUCGCGCCUGACUGGUUGACUCAUGACAGUUUCUUUCCAAUCAGCGGAGAGCGACGCGCGUCCUUCCGGAAGUGACGCACUACGAGCCCAGUGGGGGCGGUGGGAGCGCAGAGAGGGCUGAGUCGGUACUAGCGGUUGUCUGAAAAUGGAGUUUCCCGGAGGAAAUGACAAUUACCUGACGAUCACAGGGCCCUCGCACCCCUUCCUGUCAGGGGCCGAGACAUUCCAUACACCAAGCUUGGGUGAUGAGGAAUUUGAAAUCCCACCUAUCUCCUUGGAUUCUGAUCCCUCACUGGCUGUCUCGGAUGUGGUCAGCCACUUUGAUGACCUGGCAGACCCAUCUUCCUCACAAGAUGGCAGUUUUUCAGCCCAGUAUGGGGUGCAAACAUUGGACAUGCCUGUGGGCAUGACCCAUGGCUUGAUGGAGCAGGGCGGGGGGCUCCUGAGUGGGGGCUUGGCCAUGGAUUUGGCCCACUCUAUAGGAACUCAGUACAGUGCCAACCCACCUGUUACAAUCGAUGUACCAAUGACAGAUAUGACAUCUGGCUUGAUGGGUGAUAGCCAGCUGACCACCAUCGAUCAGUCAGAACUGAGUUCUCAGCUUGGUUUGAGCUUAGGGGGUGGCACCAUCUUGCCACCUGCACAGUCACCUGAGGAUCGUCUUUCAACCACCCCUUCACCUACUAAUUCACUUCAUGAGGAUGGUGUUGAGGAUUUCCGGAGGCAACUUCCCAGCCAGAAGACAGUUGUGGUGGAAGCAGGAAAAAAGCAGAAGGCUCCAAAGAAGAGGAAAAAGAAAGAUCCUAAUGAACCUCAGAAGCCGGUUUCAGCAUAUGCUUUAUUUUUUCGUGACACACAAGCUGCCAUCAAGGGACAGAAUCCUAAUGCCACUUUUGGAGAAGUUUCAAAAAUUGUGGCUUCUAUGUGGGACAGUCUUGGAGAAGAGCAGAAACAGGUGUAUAAGAGGAAAACUGAAGCUGCCAAGAAAGAGUAUCUGAAGGCUCUAGCAGCUUAUAAAGACAACCAAGAGUGUCAGGCCACUGUGGAAACAGUGGAGUUGGAUCCAGUGCCACCAGCCCAAACUCCUUCACCACCUCCUGUGGCUACUGUUGACCCAGCAUCUCCAGCACCAGCCUCAACAGAGUCGCCUGCCCUAUCUCCUUGCAUUGUUGUUAAUUCCACUCUUUCAUCCUAUGUGGCAAACCAAGCAUCUUCUGGGGCUGGGGGUCAGCCCAAUAUCACCAAGUUGAUUAUUACCAAACAGAUGCUGCCCUCUUCUAUUACCAUGUCUCAAGGAGGCAUGGUUACUGUUAUCCCAGCCACAGUAGUGACCUCCCGGGGGCUCCAGCUGGGCCAAACCAGUACAGCAACUAUCCAGCCCAGCCAGCAAGCCCAGAUUGUCACUCGGUCAGUGUUGCAGGCAGCAGCAGCAGCUGCUGCUUCUAUGCAACUGCCGCCACCCCGACUACAGCCUCCUCCAUUACAACAGAUGCCUCAGCCCCCAGCUCAGCAGCAAGUUACCAUUCUACAACAGCCACCUCCACUUCAGGCCAUGCAACAGCCUCCACCUCAGAAAGUUAGGAUCAACUUACAGCAACAGCCACCACCUCUGCAGAGUAAGAUUGCACCUCCACCAACGCUGAAAAUGCAGACCACAGUAGUUCCACCUGUUGUGGAAAGCAGUCCUGAGCAGCCUGUGAACAGCAGCCCUGAGGUUCAUCCAGUGGAGGCAGCCACUCCUGAUGCAAUUUGUGAGAUGAUCACAGAUGUUGUUCCUGAGGUCGAGUCUCCUUCCCAGAUGGAUGUUGAACUGGUGAGUGGGUCUCCUGUGGUGCUGUCACCUCAGCCUCGAUGUGUCAGGUCUGGCUGUGAAAACCCUCCUGUCGUGAGUAAAGACUGGGACAAUGAGUACUGCAGCAAUGAAUGUGUAGUGAAGCACUGCAGGGAUGUAUUUUUGGCCUGGGUAGCCUCCAGAAAUUCAAACACCGUGGUAUUUGUGAAAUAGUCUUUCCUGUUCUCCAAGCCAGUGAAGAUUUAUCUGCUGAGAAGAAGUCCAAGAGCCUGUUUUUGAGACACAAGCUGGGCUUCUGGUAGUGCCUGAUCUCAACUCACCAUGGUCCUUUAUGCCCCCUGCCUCCCCUUUCAGAGGCAAAGCUAUGGAGCUGGGUUAUUGAGUUUGCUGUAGUCUGUAAUGCUUUUUACUUUCAACUGCAAGCAGAAAUAUCAAGAUAGUAGCAAAGGAAAAGGUGAAGGGCAUAUAAACGAGCCAAUCAUAGGGAUGGUAGGGGUGGUGGGGUGGUUUGAGGAAACAGUAUAACUGUCGUAGGACUUACCUAAAAUAUUAAAAUGAUGGGAGAGGACUUGGCUUUGAGCCUAGGAGAAAACACUGUGUCCAUUUAAAAGGGAUAAGAGGGAUAAGGGUAUAGUACAGUGGUAGAAGGGCCCUUGAGUUCAAUCCUCAGCACACGUAAAACAGGAUAAAAGGUUUCAUCAAACAUACCUCCUUAAUAGCUAAGUGUAUUGGCACAUGCCUAAAAUCCCAGCACACUCAGGAAGCUGAGCAGGAUGAUCACCAAGUUUGAGAUCAGCCUGAGCAACCUAGUGACUUAGCAAGACCCUGUCUCAGACAAAACACCCAUUGAACCACCAUCAAUAAAUACAAUGAUGGGUAUGCAUAAUCCCAAUAUUCAGGAGACUAAAGCAGGAUAACCAUAAAUUCAAGAUUGGCCUGAACUACAAAAUGAGACCCUGUCUCAAAAAAAGGGAAAAAACCUGUUUUGAGGAGAGUGGUUUGUGACACAGGAACAUGGAACUAUAGAGAAAAUAACAUUGCCCAGGAGGUUCUUGUUUAUUUCUCUUCAGUAUUUCUAUAGUUAUUAUACUCUUCUGAUUUGUUAGUACAGUUUAUCAGAGGUAGAAGUGAAAAGCCCCUAAUUUAAAAGAGAUUCUACUAAAGUCUAAAGAGUUUGUAUUCCGUUUGAUGAAAUACCGUCUAAAUAACAGGCCAGAGCUGUUUUUAAUUUAAAGGCUAAUUGUCUAUGGCACUUAACCUGAGCUUAUUUUUCUUGGAAACAAACUACCAAAUAAUAGACUAGCAAAGCCACAUGUUUGUAACAGGAUAGCAAGUUUAAGGCAUGAUAUAUAUCCCCAGAGGGGACAAUAUUAAGUGAAAGUCAAAAUUCCUACCUUGAGAAAUGCUAUCCUAGGGAACUCCCUUCUUACUCAGCUACAUUCAUGUACUAAUCGCUAACCAUUUUGAUCCUACAACAGUCCUCUUUUGUAAUGAUCAGGAUGUCACUGCUUUCCAUGCAUUUAUUCACUUUCAACACUCACAGGGACCUAAUGAGGUAGGUAACAGUCCCAGAGUUGCACAAGAACACACUUAUCAAAGGGCAGAACUAGAAAUCCACCUUAAGAUCCCAAUUAUAAUACAAACCUUUAUUUAAAUAAAAGAAAACAGUUACUGUACAAAUACUGACUCUUCAGAUACAUGCACUUGCAGGGCCAUGGCCCUGGAUGCUCAGCUCUGUAGGCGUGUCUAUAAAUUCUUGGGUUUAGAGAUGAUUCCAUCUGGAUACCUUUGCUUGAACCGUGCAACAACAUCUGGAUCUAAUAGGUGGAUCCCAUCAAGUUGGUUUCCAAGGGUGAUCCUGAAAUGGGGAAAAGGGAGCAAACCAGAAAUCUUGGAAUUAAAGGAUUACUAUAUAAUUAAA